AUGGAUUGGACGGAGCCGAUUCCAGUAUUGUUCCUCUUUAUCCUUAUGGUUUCCUUUGUUUUGAAACUGGGCACUUUCUGGAACAAGAGCUCCCAAAAUCUUCCACCAGGACCAAGGCCUUUACCUCUCAUUGGGAAUCUCCACAUCAUGGAUCGCAAGAGGCCUUACAGAACCAUGUUAAAGGUAAAGAUUCCAGUUCUUCCCAUGGCAAGGCUGAAGGGUACUGGGGCAGCCCAAUCAGAUGAGCGGAGUAGAAAAUUAGUAUUAUUAUUAAUAAUAGUAUCAGUAAUAGAAUACAUUUUGUUCUUUUAGAGCCUAUAAAUCUCAUCUCCCCUUUGUAUGCUACAGAACCGCCUCUUAACUUUCCCAAUCAUAGGACUUAGUUGCAAUUUAUAACUGGUAAUUUGAACAAGGUGUCUGGGGGUGUCUGGUGUCUAAUCCCGUUUGACUCUGCCUCCAUUUUCAAGGAUGCAAAAGUGCCAGUACAAACCUUGCCUAGCGCAGCCUCCUCCUUCAGCUUAUCUUUCUAAACUAGAUUUGAGAGGUGCCAUUAAAGGUAUAAUCACUUUUAUCCUUACAACUGCCUAUGUUGUUCUGGUUUUCUGAUUAUUCCUAGCAAAUAUUUGUUCUGCCACAACUGAAUAAUAAUAAUAAUUUAUUAUUUAUACCCUGCCCAUCUGGCUGGGUUUCCCCGGCCACCCAACAGACUAAGAAUAUGAUAAAACAUCAAACAUUAAAAACCUCCCUUAAAAGGACUGCCUUCAGGUGUCUUCUAAAAAUCAGAUAGUUGUUUAUUGCCUUGACAUCUGUUGGGAUGGCGUUCCACAGGGCAGGUGCCACUACCAAGAAGGCACUCUGUCCUGUAACCUGUAACCUCACUUCUCACAGUGAGGGAACCACCAUAAGGCCCUGAGCCCUGGACCUGAGUGUCCAGGCUGAAUGGUGGGGGUGGAGACGUUCCUUCAGGAAUACCGGACCGAGGCCAUUUAGGGCUUUAAAGGUCAGCAUCAACACUUUGAAUAGUGCUUUGAAAUGUACUGGGAGCCAACGUAGGUCUUUCAGGACCAGUGGUAUAUUGUCUCGGCAGCCACUCCCAGUCACCAGUGUAGCUGCCACAUUCUGGAUUUGUUUCGGUUUCCAGGUCACCUUCAAAAGUAGUCCCACAUAGAGCACAUUGCAGUAGUACAAGCAGGAGAUAACUAGAGCAUGCACCACUUUGGCAAGACAGUUUGCUGGCAGAUAGGGUCUCAGCCUGCGUACCAGACAGCUGUGUUGACACAGAAUUGACCUGCGCCUCCAUGGACAGCUGUGAGUCCAAAAUGACUCCCAGGCUGCACACCUGGUCCUUCAGGGGCACAGUUACCCCAUUCAGGACGAGGAGUCCUCCACACCUGCCUGCCUCUUGUCCCCCCAAAGCAGUACUUCUGUCUUGUCAGGAUUCAACCUCCAUCUGUCAGCCACCAUCCAUCCUCCAACCGCCCCCCGACACUCACACAGGACCUUCACUGCCUUCAAUGGUUUUUAUUUAAAAGAGAGGUAGAGCUGGUUAUUAUCUGCAAACCCCACAAGUGAGAGCCCAGGGGCCUGAACACUCAUCCCCCAACACCACUUUCUGGACACAGCCCAGGAAGAAGGAGCAAAACCACUGUAUAACAGUGCCCCCAGCUCCCAGCCCCUCUAGACGGUCCAGAAGGAUGUCAUGGUCGAUGGUAUCAAAGGCCACUGAGAAAUCCAGCAGAACUAGGAAACAGCUUUCACCUUUGUCCUUAGCCGGCCGGAAAUCACUGACCCGCAGUUUCAGUCUCAUGAUGAGGCUUGAAUCCCAAAUGGAAGGGAUCCAAAUGGACCGCAUCCUCUAGACGUUCCUGGAGUUGUUCAGCAACCACCCGCUCAAUCACCUGGCCAAAGAAUGGAAGAUUUGAGACUGGGUGGUUGUUAAUGCAGUCUUGGUUCUGUCAGAGACGAUUUGCAUUAAUAUAUUCUUUAGGUAUGCCAGAACUCUGUUUCUCACUUUUUCUUCUGUUGAAUUCCAGUUGUCAAAGCAGUAUGGCCCUGUCUUCAGCAUCCAAAUGGGACCCCAGAAAACUGUGGUGUUGACAGGAUAUGAGACAGUAAAGGAGGCUCUGGUUAAUCAGGCGGACGCAUUUGCUGACAGGCCCAUUGUUCCAUUAUUUCAAGAGCUUGCACAAGGCUUUGGUGAGGCACCUCCCUUUCUAUUGGAACUGGUAAUGCUUACAAACACACACUGGUCCCACCAGGUGAACACAAUAUGUUCCCAAGAAAUGGUUUGUAAGAUGAGUGUUUGCAAAGCAAGUCAUCGAAAUCCAUUGUUUCUUGUGGGGGAAAUCCUUGUGAAUUUUUCAACCCACCUCAGUGCCUUUGACAUUGACAGUGUAUCUGCAGGCGUUAGGCUGAGAAUGUGUCACAAAAAGUAUCACCUGUGGAUUUCUGCAGAUAAAGCUAAAAUGUUAAAAAGAGUAGACCAGGCCAACUUUUUUGGUCUUGACUUUCAGUGCUCAGUGGUGCUCUGUUGAAGAAACAAAAAUGGAGACCAUUUAAAGCAAACCUUUCCCAUUCCCACCUUCUUCCCAACAGUCAUAUUGUAGAGGUGGGGGAGAAUGAGACAGGAGGAUUGUGAAUAAUAGUCACACAGCAAAGUAAUGCCACACACCAAGGGGAAACUGACUGACCAUUUUCUGCCCCAGCCUAUAUAUAGAAGAAAAAUGAAGGAGGCAUAAUGGAAUACAAAGUAACAAGCAGAGUUCUGAUGGGAUCCCUGACAUGUAAAAACCACCCUCCACUCUAGCCUACACUUUGUAAUGGAAAAUAUUGAUCAAUGGGUUCUCAGGUCAUGCUCUGAUGGCACAGCUGCCAGCUGCUUUGUUAAAGCUCAGAAGUCUGAAUGGGAGAAUAGCUGGGAUCCAUUCUCAGUUCCAUGAAAGAAAUGCAGAACACAAUUUAUUGAUAUUUUUGUACAAUGGCCAUGCAGACAUGAAACCUUUCCUCCCGUCUCUUUAGGUGUAAUUCAGUCUAAUGGUGAAAACUGGAAAGUGAUGCGGCGGUUUGCUUUAAGCACAUUACGGGACUACGGAAUGGGAAAGAGGACCAUAGAGGACAGAAUUGUUGAGGAAUGCAGUGUCCUGAUAAAGAAAUUUGAAUCUUAUGAAGGUGAGUUGGUGUUUUCCUCUGGUGCAUAGCUACACUACCGUUGUUUAAAGGUGCCAAGACUAUUGUGUUACAUAUUCCUAACUUCCAGAAGCACAGAUCCCAGGGUUCCCUGCAAUUGGUCUGUUCCUGUAAUGUGCAGAUUGCACUGCAAUAACUCCUGUGACUUCCAAGCAUUUCUUAGCCCAGCUACGGCAACAUCCAGGGGAAACAGGAAACAGGAAGUUUUCUCCUGGCUGCUAGAAAGCAUCCCAUAGCAUGUCCAUUCUAGGAAUGUUGUACUUGACUCCUAUGUGUUUUACAUCCCACAUUUUUAAAAGUGUAUUUUUGUUUAACUGUCAUAUUUAUGUAUAGGAAACCCAUUUGAGACCACCACAAUUAUGAAUGCAGCUGUUGCCAAUAUAAUAGUGGCCCUACUACUAGACAAGCGAUUUGAUUAUGAAGAUCCCACAUACAUAAGACUUCUGAAGUUGGUCAAUGAAAAUAUCCGACUCGUCGGAAGCUUUUCAGUCACGGUAAUAUAUUUUUUACAAUUAAAACAAACAAACAGUUGAUUAUAAUAACAGUGUAUGCAAAGUGGGCAGGGCUACCUGUUUAUUGUAUAUUGUUCAGGGUUCACUACAAAACACAGAAUAUUGAUAUCUUGAGAAACCUGGUGCUAAUUCAAAAUAUUUAGAAAACUCACACGGUACAGUCAUCCCGUAACUAUAAUAAAGUCUCUUUUGCACACACGCUUUCUGGCCUCACUGCCAUCGGGACUCCAAGGACAAGGAAGAAGAAGUGAUUGUUUGUUCCAUGAUGGCUCAGAAGGGGCCUCCAAGGGCAGAUCUCCCUCUCUGAAGGCAAGAGAACUGCCAUAGCAUAUUAUUUUGGGGUUGCACAUAAAUUAUGCUAUGCUGAGGUAGCCCACCCCCCAUUCCAAAUGGCAUUCAAGAGUUUUGUUUUGUAUUUGGGCAGUCAUGCUCUGAGAGACCCAGCUGAGAGUACAAUACUGAGUUUUUCUAAUGUCUCUUUUCACAUUUUUAUCCUUUCAGCUGUAUAACAUGUUUCCUGCUCUUCGUUUUCUUCUGGGGGCUUAUAAGACUAUCAAGCAAAACAGAGAUGAGCUGUUUGCCUUCAUAAAUGCCACCUUCAUAAAACACCUCAGAGAUCUGGAUGAAAAUGACCAGAGGAGCUUUAUUGACUCAUUUCUUAUCCAACAGCAAGAGGUAAUGGAGUCUUUUAAGUUGGCCCAGAAUAAGCGUUGCCAUUUUCAAUUCAUGUUUUGAGGGCAUAUUCGCAAGUGAAUGCAUAAGUUGUAGUCAGGAAGUCUCACUUCAGAAGGGACCAACCUGGCAUACUUCCUCCCCUUUCCCAAUAGUCGGCUAUUGUUAAUGUGUUACAGAAGUUGCCUCUGCAGGGUCAAUGGUUGCAUGCUCAACAGCAUUUCUGGAAAAAAAUCCCUGAUCAAGAAAACAUGUAAUUAUAGAUAAUUAUGAAGUGAUGAGAGGUAAUCAAGUCAUAAAUAUUGGUUGCCAGACUCCCUUUUGAUACAAGGGGGGAUGGGAUAAUGCCUCAUGUGCUCAGAAGAAGGCGUUCUUCACACUGGAGGAGAUAGGAAGCUUUGAGGGUGGGGAGGCAUCUCAGAGCAAGGAAAAAACAUUGGCCCAUGCACCGACCAAUCACCCUUAAAUUAUGCCUUCAGUUCUUUUAACCAUUACUAAGAUUGGAAAUGAACAUGAAUUGGAGUUUCUGCUUAUCAUUUAAUUAGCACCCAGAAAAGGAAACAGGUGGUUGGGUGACAACAAAGUUCUAAAUAACAGGUUGGAUAUUAUUUCUAAAAUCUUAAGCUAAUUAAUGAUGAGUUUGAAAAGUUAAAGCAGAUAUACAAGCCUGGUGUGCUGGUCCCAUGGGUUACCCGAGAGGCGAGGUCCAAGUCCGGUCUGUGGUCAAAGGCGCAACAUGGAAGCAGUCCAUAGUAGCUGAAGCUGGGUGCAGGGCAGGGAGUCGGGUGAAGUCAGGAACAGGCAUGCAAGCAGGGAGACAGCGCGGGUCAUGAGCUCAGGCAGGAAAGCAGGACAGGGUCCAGGCAGAAACUAGCAACCAACAAUGUUGCUCUCGCAAGCUGGGACUGGGGCUGGCCGGCUUUUAUCUGCCCCGAGGCAUAGGGCGGCCCCGAUCUUCUGGUGAUUUGCCUCUCCUGGCCUGGAGGCGAGCACUCCUCCUGCAGGAACUUAGUUCCUUCCUCCUCUCUGCCCUGAGCCUCUGCAGCUCAGAAGAGGCUUGACUGUUUCCGGACCCAGAGGCAACCUCAGCUUCCUCUGACGGGGCUGAGAGUGGAGUACCUGCAGGCAAUGGGUCCUCCAUCACCUCAGGAGCCAGAGUAGACUCAGCUGAUGCCUGCACCUGAGGAUCCAGCACAGGUGAGGACCCUUCAGGCUCAAGCCCCAGCCCUGGCUCAGCUGGUUCUGGAGGUGGGGAAUCCUGUGCAGGCUGGGAUCCCUCAGUUUCAGCCUCCGAGUCCGAAUCCCAGGCCAUCACACCUGAAUUUGCUUUUAACUUUCAAUCUACAUUGCCUGUAAAACUGUUUUCUUCCUGUCUUUCCCGUGCUAUCCUGACUGGGAAAUAAAAGUGAAUUCUAUCUGCAUCACAAGGGCAGCAUAACGGAGACGCUCAAGGGUGUGUGUGUCUCAUAAAUCAGGCAAAAAUAACUGACUCCUUCAUUGCUUCUUGAAAAUAUAUGAAAAUGCCAUAAUGAACAGUUAGCACAGUUAAGAGAUGAGAUGUGCAGAAAGUUUGGAGAGAUUUAAUCAGAGAUGCAAUUGCAGAUGAAAUAAUCUAUAGAACCUGUGGGAAAAGACUUGGACUUUUCCCUGCCUAAAUGGGGAAACAACAGCUUUACAGCUGUAUAAAGGGAUGAAACAAAUAAAAGAAGCUGUUGUGAAAAUCUGAAUAUUUUGAAUAAUAGUUAUAUACAUAAUUCACAUACAGAGAUGCGGAAUACUACUUUUCUUCCUUUGCUUUAUUUUAUUUUUUAGCUUGCUUUUUCUGUGACUUUUAAUCAUUGUUAGUUCUCUGUACGUUCUAUUUGUAUGUAUGUUUUGUUUUUUGAAGUUAUAUAUUUUGGAUAAAUGAAGAUACCCUCAGGAAGGAGAUGGACCAAAGAUGGACAUCUGUGUGAGAUGCAGAGAGGAUCCCUCAGGGUGGGAAGCUGAGGAAAGAGGUGGGAACUGGGAGGGUUCGCUCUUCUGGGUCUGGAAUAAGGGUUAAGGUAUAAAUAAUAAAGAUCUUAGAAUUGUUAUCCUUCCCCUUUCUUUUUCUUUUUCUUUUCUCUUUUAAAAAAUUCUCUUCUUUUUUGGUUUCUAGUUUGUCCUGCUGCAAAUUCACAGCAGUCUGAGACUGAGCCACUUUUAGAUCGGCAGGAUGGCCAUUUGGGAGAGCAGAUAGGGGGGAAAUGGUAGAAAGGAGAAUUAUUGGAUGCUAAGAUCCAAGUUUUGGGCAAGUACUGUUUCGUGAGAGAACUACAGCAUAGAUUUAAAAAGGACAAAAUAUGCAGCAAAAUAAUAGUGGAAAUAUAAGUUGUUGAAAAGCAUCUUUUAGCAUAUGUACCAAAUAAAGGUUCUAAACAGCUAAGAAGUUUUAAUAUUUUUUCACUCUGCUUUUGAUCCUCCGCCUCACUUGUGAAUCUGCUGGUUGUAAUGUGAAACUGCAUGGCUGCACCUUUGUGAGAGAGAAAUGCUAGGAAUGUAUCCCUGAUAAGCAAGGACUGUGUGGAUCUUAGAAAAAGUGCUCAGUAUGGUGAAUAUCCCGAAAAACACACCACUGUUGGUCGGUGCCGUACGGCAACUAUUGAAUGAACAAUUGGAUGAACUCCUUCCUCUCUUCACUCCCUUCUGGCUCCCAGCAGGACAGGCAGCUACUACAACCAGCAACUCUAUCGGUGUUACUCUUCCUGUUAGAAAGUGUGGCUGAAGGGAGUUGCAAUCUCAAAAAUAUGGAGGGCACCACAUUGUCUAUAUCAGUUUAAUGAAACAGUUCCAGAUGAAUAUGUGGUAUUUCUGUGUCAUUUUUCCAGUUUAGACUAUGAGUAAAUACAUUAAAGACUAUGAGUAAAUGCAUUAAAGAAGUUCAACUGAGAACCAUAUAUGUCAGCAGAAAACAACACUUUAUGGUAACGCUGAUUUCAGAUCUCCACAAGUGUUCGCCAGAAAUUCUGCCUUCCAUGUAUGCAAUCAUAAUACUGUUGCAGGUUUGUGGGGUCAGUCUGCAUGAUGCCUGAGCACGUUCCAGCUUGUGGGGAUCUUGUACCCAGUAAGGGUUAAUUCUAAUGGAACUGAAUCUAUUAUUGAAUCAGGCAGACAAGUUUCUUUGUGAGAUGAGGGCCAUAUACUUGUCAUCUAAAUACUGCCGCUAGUUCCUUUGUCUAAACAAAGGCUGUUGGCUAAGGAGUUAAGCACCACGAUUCGCAUCAGAGAAGGAGGAGCUGGAUUGCCUAGCUUCCCCGACCUCCUCUCUUAGCUGGUAGAUGGUGAACAACAGCUGUGACUACGGAGAAGCAAGACGUUUUGUGGUCUUGAUGCUGAGCCCCUCUAUCUUAUGCUCGGGUUGUAUAUAUGUGUAAAUAAACCCUAUAUCGGACUUCCUGUUUCUUGCCAAGGGAUAUGGCUGCUUCCCAAGAGAUAGGACACCCAGUUGUGCCAGAAAUUCAAGACUAAUAUGAGGGUAAUUUGUCCUGCUGACCCCUCCAGGGGAUGAGGGGGCUGUCUCACCCACAGAUCGUCUGAGAUCUGUCACCCACAACAAGAUGUUGGGGCAGAGGACGCUGGGUGCUGGACCCUGGCACAGAAGAACUCUCUGGAUUCAAUCUCUCGAGCAGGGACACCUGUUUUUAAAAAUUACUAAGAUUCAGACCAAAAACGGGCGUUUCUUGGAUGGAGGAAAUGAAAGAAAAAUCUGCUAAAUUAUACAGUUGCUUGGGCUGAAGUGGCUUGGGCUGAAGAGGAGAUAAGAUGGCUGCGGUUGCUGCACACUUACAAAAAGAAGAAUCCUCCUUCCCCAGAGAGGCUGGAAAUAUUUUCUCGAUUAUAAAAAGGGGUGUAUUUUACAUAAAAAUGCAUUUGCUUGCAUGGAUAUAUUUUUACACAUGGUUUGAAGAGAGAGUGACAGCAAAUUUUGGGUGCCUGCUGGUUUUCCUAGGGCCCGGGAAAACUGGUAGGGGGAUAUGGAGUGCAUAGAAGAACAAUUUCUAUAUAACUUACUGUUUAUGAAGCACACCCUCACCGAAUUGCAUUUACUGGACACAUUCAAAACAUCAGUUCAUCAAAAGAGAACAAAGAGAAAACUUGGCCGUUAUUCUUAACUUUGGAUGGAAGCCCAGGACUUUCAGCAGAGGGAGGUGCCACCAAGAGAGAACUAUCUUUUAAAAUAAUCUAAGAGAGGGAAAUAUUGAAAUAAAAGCUCCUGUUAAAACAAGAUUGGGAGUCACAUACCAGUGAAUGAUUGAUUGAGAAGACAAGGAUGGUUAAUCAGAAUUUGGAAACUGGAAAUUAACAAGAAAGCAGAAAACAAAUAAAUAUAUUAUCUCUGAAACCCAGGAAAUGAGGAAUCCUACCUUUUAAAUUUCUUUGAAUUUGGAAUAUAUAAUUGGUAAUAUGGUAUAUUAUUUCAUUUAAUUUGUUAAUAAUUGUAAUAUUUUUAUUGGAAAAUUAAUAAACCUUAUUUUAAAAUAAAUAAAUAAACCCUAUAUCAUCCUGAUGGCAUAGUCUGGAAAGCCUGGCAUCUCUCACUACUUAGCUACUGAAGUGAUGUGCAAUGAUACUUUGGAUCAUCGGGUUCAGUCAGGUAUUCAUUUUCAUCUUUGUACAUGAAAUUUUCUCACUGCAUCCAUUCUAAUCAGUUCAUACUCUUUGCAACCCAGGAGGAGAAGAAGAAGAAGACGAAUGUAUAUUUCCAUAACAAAAACUUAAAAGCUGUUGUGGCCAACUUAUUUGGUGCUGGCAUGGAGACCACUUCUACCACACUGUGCUGGGGACUGUUACUAAUGAUGAAAUAUCCUGAAAUUCAGAGUGAGUGCUUUUAAUUGGGUUGGCUCCCAUUAUUCUGAGAUAUCUUAAUUCCAGUUAUAUGUAACUAUUAGAGAGAGAAAAUAUUUAUAAUUUGCAUAUAUAUAUAUAUAUAUAUAUAUAUAUGUGUGUGUGUGUGUAUAAUCACAACAAUUGUUCAGUCAUAAGCUUAACAUUUCAACCUGCACUCCCUUCUCCCUCUUUCUGUGGUUCUUUACAUUUCGAUUCAUAUUCCUGCAUACUCCAGAUUAUCUCAACAUAUUAUUUUAGAUAUAUAUUCCCGUAUAUAUCCAAUAGAUAUAUUGAAACUGCGGGUUUUUACAUUAAUCCUGCCAAUGUCUUAGUAUGUUUACAGUUUGUUUGUAAAUUUGUAAUAAACCAUUUCCAUUGCUUUCUAAAAAUAAGAAUAAUCUUGUUCUCCGAGUACAUUUUGCCAUUUCUGCGUAGUCCAUUAAUUUCUGUAUCCAUUCUUCUCUUGUCGGGACCUCUUCAUCGUUCCAUUUUUGAGCAAAUAUUAAUCUUGCAGCAAUGGUUGCAUAAACAAAUUUGUAUGAAUUUAUAUAAAUGGCAUACAUAAAUAAAUUUCUAAGUACUCUAUACUAAAUAAAUUUCUAGGUAGUUCUGAUCUCAUAAUUUCCAAAAGAAAAGCUUAUGGCUUUUUAAACAUCAUAAACAUCUUUUUCAGUUUAUCAUAUAUCAUUUCCCAGUAAACAUAUGAAAAAUAGUACUUUCUUUCUCUUUAUGUUUCCAGCACAUAUUCAGUUUGGAUUUAUACAUUUAACCAAUUUACUAGGUGUCAGGUACCAUCUAUGUAACAUUUUCAUAUAGCUGUCUCUUAAACUAAAACAUUCUGUAAAUUUUAUAUCCACGUUUGAUAAACUUUCCCAUGCCUCCAUUUCUGUAUUAUUACUAAUAUCUAUUGCCCAGUGUAUCAUUGAAGAUUUCACUUGUUCGUCCUUUGUCUCCCAUUCCAAUAAGAUCUUAUACAUUUUACAUAUCACUUUAACAUUACAGUUUAACAGGUCUCUUUCCAGUUGUGAUGUUUGUUCCGCAACCCCCCGCUUCAUAUCCCUUUUAAAGACUUCAUUCAAAUGAUGAUAUUGUAACCAUGUUGUUAACAUCUCUGAUAAAUCUUUUUUAAAAAUUAAUUUACCGGUAAAUUCUCCAAAAGUGAAAGCCAUAGUGGUGUUUUGGUCUCCAACAGGUUUUUAUACUUAUCCCAUACUCCAUACAUUUUCCCCCCCUGAUUAUAUGGUUUGUAAAUCCUUUAUGUACUUUCACAUUUUCAUACCUCAAGUAAGCGUGCCAACCAAAAAUAUUAUCAUGACCUUCCCAAUCUGAAAUAUGUGGAUUAUUCAGUAACAAUCAUUCCCUCAAACAGCAUAGACAAGAUGCUUCAUAAUAAAAUCUCAUAUGCAGCAGGAGGAAACCUCCUUUCUCUUUCAUCUGUCAAUUUUUUAUGUUUUAUUCUUAUUUUUCCUUGUCAGAUAUAUUUAGAAAUAUAUUUUUGCCAUUUGUUGAAACAAUUUGUCGUCCUGAUCACUGGUAUUGAUUGAAGCAUUCCAUGACCUUUUAAAAUGUGGUUUUUUUGUAGGGGGGUUAUUGGGUGGUUGUUUUUAUUUUGAUUAUGUAUUUUGUGGUUUUCUAUUUUGAUUUUAUUCUGUGAAUAAUAAGGAUAAACAAAAAGAAUAUUGUCAGUGAUACAUUCAUUUUAAUGGUUGAAGUAAUGCAAGUUUCAUUCUACUCCAUAUUUGCAAAUUUAUUUUAAUAUCCUCCCAAAUUUUUAAAUAAUUAUCCUUAUAGAAAUUCAUAUUCUUGCUCUUAACCACACACCCAAAUAUUUAAUCUUCUUUUCACUCUUUAAGAUGGAUAAACUUUGUAAUUUAUUUUUACUCUCAUCAUUCAUAUUUUUUACCAGGAGUUUGGUUUUAUCUUUGUUAAUUUCAAGACCUGCUAUUUCUAAAAAAAUAAAAUAAAAAAUCUUUUCCAAUGCCUUUGGGAUUGACUCUAUUGGUUCCUCAACAAAUAUCACCACAUUAACUGCAAAAGCUAUUAUAUUAUACUAUAUUAUAUUCAUAUUGUCUCUUCCCGCUUUUAUUCCCACUUAUUUUUUUUUAUUACAUCUUAUUUGUGCCAAAACUUCUAAAACUGUUAUAAACAAUGAAGGUGACAGUGGGCAACCAUGUCUACUUCCUUUAGUUAUUUUACAAUUCUCAGUCAAUACAUUACUUACUGAUGGAUCAGUAUAUAUUGAGUUAACUCCUUUUAUAAAACUGUCUCCACAAACCAUAUAUUCCAAAGCCUUAAACAUAUAAAGUUCCAGGAGACAUUGUCAAAUGCUUUCUCGGAGCCUAAAUGCUUUCUCUUUUAAUACAGUUUUAAACAUAUUAGCUAAUGUGUCUACAAACAGUUUAUAAUCGUUAUCCAACAUCGAAAUAGGUCAAUAGCUCUUAACCAGCUUUGGAUCUCUAUUUUGUUUAUGAAUCAAUGUUAUGUAUACACUCUUCUGGGAUUUGGGUAACUGUCCUGUAUUCAAAGUUAUAAUUAUAAUAUCUUUUAAAGGUUGCAUUAGGUAAUCUUGUAAUUUUUUAAUACAGUGCUACCUCGCAAGACGAAUGCCUCGCAAGACGAAAAACGCGCAAGACGAAAGAGUUUUCCGUUUUUUGAGUCGUUCCGCAAGACGAAUUUCCCUAUGGGCUUGUUUCGCAAGACGAAACGUCUUGCGAGUUUGUUUCCUUUUUCUUAAAGCCACUAAGCCGCUAAUAGCCAUGCUUCGCAAGACAAAAAAACCGCAAGACGAAGAGACUCGCGGAACGGAUUAAUUUCGUCUUGCGAGGCACCACUGUAAUAUAUUGCUGAAACUCCAUCAGGUCCGGGUGCCUUCCCUAAUUUUGCCUGUAAAAUUACUUGCUCUAAAAUCAUCAUUGUGACAGGGCUAUUCAGAAAUGACAUUUCAACUUUUGGUAUCUUAAGCAGUCUGUUGUCUUCUAAAUAUUUACCCAUUUCUUCUACCUUAACUCAUUUGCCUUAAUAUGGUGCUGUAUAAAAACUCACAAAUUGAUCUAUUAUUUUUUUCAGAUUUUCCACAACUCUACCUCCUACCUUUAUUCUCUCAAUGCAGUUUUUCUUCUUUCUUCUUUAUUUGCCAAGCUAAUAGUUUUCCUGUUUCUUGGAGGCAUAUAACUUCCAGUUUUAACUUCUUUACAACAUGAUCAAUUUUAUUCAUUUAGUCUUAUUAUUUUGCUUAUUUACAUUCCCAGUUAGAAUUUUGAAAGCCAUCUUGUUCCAUAGUUAUUUCUCUUUCGCCUCCACCUCGGUUGAAUCUUCCUCUUCCUGUCCAAAUGCUCUUUCUCCAGCUAAUUUUCCACCAUCUUUUCUCCAAAAUUUGUAUGGCUCGGUAGGAUCACGAAAUAUUUGGUUUUUACCAUUAUAUGUAAAAGAUACCACUUCAGGAUAUUCCCAGCAGUGAUAUUUUAAUAAUCAUCCUGGAUAAAAUUCCCUACAUCAGUAUAUCAGGUUAUUGGCUAAAAUGUUUUUCCUGUUUAAAAAAUACCAGUGUCACAUUCUAGAGACUAAGUAUGUGAGUAUAUUCCCUAUUUGUUUGUCUUUUGCCUCUACCUCUGUUGAAUCUUCCUCUUCCUGUCCAGCUUCCAGUUCAAAUGCUCUUUCUCCAGCUAACUCUUUCCCAUAUUUUCUCCAGAAUUUGUCAGGGUCUGGAGGAUCCCCAAAUCUUUGUUUUUGACCUUUAUGUGUAAAAGAUACCACUUCAGAAUAUUCCCAGCAGUGAUAUUUUAAUAAUCAUCCUGGAUGCAUAUCUCUCCCUCAGUAUAUCAGGUUAUGGUCUAAAUUGUUUGUUUGUUCUUCUUAAAAAUACAUUUGUUAAAUUCUAGAGAUUAAAUUUCUGAACCUCUGGAAUUGUAGAACGAGUUUGUGGCAGUUUUAUGCUUCAGAUAUUAAUUUUUAAGUCAAAGACAUAAUCUGAGCAGAAAAAUUAAUGCUUUUCUUUCUUUCUCCCCCCCCCCCCAGUAAAGGUCCAAGAAGAAAUUGCAAAGGUUGUUGGAUCUUCUCAGCCAAGAAUUGAACACCGAACAAAAAUGCCUUAUACGGAUGCCGUGGUCCAUGAGAUCCAGAGGUUUGCCAAUAUCAUCCCAACUAACCUGCCACAUGCCACGACUACAGAUGUUACCCUUAAUGGCUACUUCAUUCCAAAGGUGAUCCAUUUCAUUGAACUGCUGCCCACUAGUUACAAUAUAUUUUAAGGCUUUCCUGGGAGUAAGCCCCUUGGACUUCAGUGUGGGUGACAUCUGUGCAGACUUGUAUAGAAUUGCAUUGUAAGCAAGCAAUCUACCCUUCGGAAGGUGUCAGGCAUCAGCUUCAACCCAUUAAACAGAUCUCAGUGGAAAGGAGCACAAGGUUGGAAAAGAAACCAUUUCUAGUGGGAUAUCAUGACUUAUACGUUAAAGUUUGUCACACUAAAGACAUUUCUUAGAUGAACUGAAAUCUCAUUUCUCCUACACUAAAUAUUUAUUGUACCAGAGGCAUACACUUUAUUUUAAAAUGACUCUUGCUUUGUUUUUGCAGGGGACUCACAUCAUACCAUUGCUGUCUUCUGUGCUGCACGAUGAAUCUCAAUGGGAGAAACCACAUAAAUUCUAUCCUGAACAUUUUCUUAACUCUGAAGGGAAAUUCAUAAAGAGAGAUGCUUUCAUGCCUUUCUCUGCAGGUAUUUUUUUUUACUUUUGUGUAUACCUGCAUAGUGUGUGCUUAGUCAAUGGGAUUUUUACAUGCAUGGAAUGUAGCCUAUUGUGCAAAGGUAAGAAUCACAUCAGUUCCUGUGGUCAUUUCUGCCACUAGAUCUGGCCACCAUUGGUGUGCGGCCCCUAGAAUGUUGCUCUCCAGGGAAUGUGGCCCUCAGGCUGAAAAGACACCCCCCCCCCCGUUUUUCAGCACUGCAGGAUGACUCGUAUUGGGAGGUCAUAAUUCUUUUAAGAUGGGCACCGUGAGCUGUUAUUUGAUCUCUGCAUUUUAGUCUGCUUUAAAGUAUUUGGGAUGUUAGUAAGCAACUGCUAAACCCAGUUUCUCUGCUGCCUGUGUGUCCUUACAGGUCGGAGAGUAUGUUUAGGUGAGACUCUUGCCAAAAUGGAGCUCUUCCUCUUCUUCACAAGUCUCCUGCAGAGAUUCACCUUCCAGCCACCCCCAGGAACAUCUCAGGAAGACCUGGACCUUACUCCUGCUAUUGGGCUUACAACACCUCCCAUGCCCCACAAGCUCUGCGCUCUGCCACGUUUCUAA